AUGCAGGACGCCUGGACUGCUCGCAAAGCUGAGGAGAUCCAAGGUUACGCGGACCGCAACGAAUGGAAGAACUUCUUCUCCGCGAUCAAAGCUGUCUACGGUCCGCCGACGAAGGGCACUGCUCCUCUCCUCAGCGCCGACGGCAACACUCUCCUGACUGAGAAGACGCAAAUCCUGCAGCGAUGGGCCGAGCAUUUCCGAGGCGUCCUCAACCGCCCUUCCGUCAUCUCCGACGCCGCCAUCGAGCGUUUGCCGCAAGUGGAGACCAACGUAGACCUCGACCUCCCGCCAUCUCUCCAGGAGACCAUCAGGGCCGUGCAGCAGCUCUCCAGCGGGAAAGCACCCGGAUCGGACGCAAUCCCUGCUGAGGUCUACAAGCACGGAGGUCCCCAACUCAUGGAUCACCUGACUGCGCUCUUCCAAGAGAUGUGGCGUCAAGGUGAAGUCCCGCAAGAUUUCAUAGACGCAACCAUCGUGCAUCUCUACAAGCGCAAGGGGAAUCGCCAAGUCUGCGACAAUAACCGCGCCAUCUCCCUGCUGAACAUCGCCGGGAAGAUCUUCGCACGACUCCUCCUCAACCGCCUCAAUAACCAUCUGGAACAGGGCCUUCUGCCGGAAAGCCAAUGCGGCUUCCGUCGUCAUCGUGGGACCACGGAUAUGAUCUUCGCCGACCGUCAACUUCAGGAGAAGUGA